CUUGGGUCGAAAUUGAGCCGAGCUAAAGUCGAGCCAGGGUGCGCGGCCGACUCUGCGGGGCCGCGCGCCGUCCUUCAGGUCGCGCGUGCGCGGGCGGAGGCGGCAUGGGCCAGCCUUUGGCCUGCUCGGCACGGGGCACCAGCCCUGCCUUCUCUUGCGCGGCCAGACGUGGGCGACGCCACGAAUGGGCCCGUCAGAGGGCGCGCGGAUGACCGACCCCACCAGCAUGGGCGUCUCCUUGGACCCGCGUUCCGAGACGGUCCUCGAGGGCGAGCGUUAUUUGUACCAGCUGACCAAGGCUCUCCACAUCAGGUUCGAGGAGGUGCCGACCGCCCUGAUCCCCUUCGAGCGGUGCGGCCGGGUGAACAUGUCGAGGGUGCGGCGGGGAGGGGGGCGCUCGCGGCGAGGCGGGCAGGUGCCCUUCACAGCCAGAACGAGCAUUUCGUCUGGCUCGAGGUCCGAGGUCCGAGGCUCGAGGCUCGAG